AUGACCUUCUCUGCGACAGUUAAGUAUAACACGAGUUCCUCACCAGUUUUUGGCCGGAUAAGAAUUGGAGGUUGGCUCAGUUCAUCAAGCACUUUGUCAGAUGUAAAGAACAGCAUCUUGCAGAAGCUUGGGGUAUUUGGGAGCAAGUGGGUGAAGAAGCUAUUCUACAAGAUUCCAAUCGCAGUUGUCUCGACCGGUGUUAAGUAUGAUACGUUUGUGCUAGCGGCUGAUGAAGAUAUUAGGGUUCUGCUUCAUUGUGUUAGGAGUUUUCCGGAGGUCAGAAUACAUGAGCUGUAUGCGAAGUUGGAGGUUGGUGUCGAUAGUUCUGGGACAUCAACUCCAGUUCAUAGCUCGACUGCCGCGGGCGGUGCGUCUAGUUCGAUGCCUGCGGCCAGACCAUCUGUUCCGCAGGUUGCAUCCCCUUCCUUCGCGGCUGAUUUAGAUCGAACAGAGGCAGCAUUUGAGGUGGACACCGGUGUUGGCAUGAUUCAUGAUGUUCAAGGCUUCGGAGAACCUGAUCGAGUAGAGAAUGCAAUACGGGACGAUGACUCUGACCAGAAGCCUUACCCUCCACACUUCUCCACUCUAAACUUGGAGGCUCUGGGUCAACAGGCGGACGGAGGUGCUACAGUUAGGGGUUUUUCUACAGAAUUUCAGAUUGGGCAAUCAUUCCAGAAUAAAGAUAAAGUUGUUCUGAGUGUGAAGGACUAUAGCAUCCGUCGAGGUGUUGAGUACAGAGUCUUGGAAUCAGAUCAUCUGAAGUAUCAUGGAAAAUGCAAGGAGUUCGGCAAGGGUUGUAGUUGGUUGAUUCGCAUAGCGCUUCGUGCACGAAAGGGCACUUGGGAGGUUAGGAGGUACAACGAUCCGCACACUUGCUUGGCCACCUCUAUUUCUAGUGAUCACCGUCAGCUGGAUUACCACGUUAUCUGUGCGAGGAUUUUUCUGUUGGUUAGGGCAGAUGCUGCGGUUACGGUAAAGGUCUUGCAACAAGCAACAGAAGCCGAUUACGGGUUCAGGCCUAGUUACAGGAAGGUUUGGAUGGCAAAACAGAAGACAGUAGCACAAAUAUAUGGAGAUUGGGAAGAGUCGUAUGCUGAGUUGCCACGUUGGAUGCUAGGGGUACAGUCGACCAUGGCUGGGACAGUCACUGUGUUGAAGACCUCUCCUGUUCGACUUGGGGAUCAGGUCGAUGAGUCAACGGUGUACUUUCAUCAUCUUUUCUGGACAUUUCCACCCUGCAUCGAGGCCUUUCGGCAUUGCAAGCCCCUCGUGAGUAUUGACGGUAUCCACUUGUAUGGCAAGUAUGGAGGCACGUUACUGUUGGCGAUAGCGCAGGAUGGGAACUCGAACAUCCUCUCGAUAGGCUUCGCCGUUGUGGAGGGAAAAAAUGCGGAGUCAUGGUCAUUCUUCUUGUCCAACCUACGAUCGCAUGUGACGCCGCAGGAGGGUAUCCUUGUUAUCUCUAACAGGCAUAAUGGCAUCAAGGCUGCACUUGAGGCCCCCGAGAAUGGUUGGCUGCCUCCACGUGCUUUUCGAGCGUACUGUCUUCGUCAUGUGGCUGCGAAUUUUAGCCUGAGCUUCAAAGGUAAAGAUGCAAGGAGGAUGCUGGUGAAUGUUGCCUAG